UUUGUAUGUAAUAGUUUUUCUUUUAUUGUAUAUUCUGAUUUAUUGAAGGAAGAGUGGUCCUACCAUAUGGUUAUAUGGAGUCAAAAGCCAGGGACAAGAGUGGGCAAUGUCUUUGUUGUAUGAAAAGCAAAAUCUCUACAGAUUUUAAAAAAAUACUGGAUAUUAAAGAUGCCGGUCUGGUUAUAUAUCUUUACGUACCACGUAUAAAUACUAGACCAGAUACCAUCGCUCCGUGCAAAUCUAUUACAAGCUUGAUAGAAGAUGUUUUUAUAUUACACAACGUAAAUAAUAUGGAAAUAAUAUCUUCCGACGUAUUGCCCGCAAUUGUUAGUAUAAAUAUAGAUUGCCCACGAUGUAAAUACAUCAGGGACAAAGCACAAAGCUUACUACAAAAUGUACACUGUAUUGGUAAAAAUGAUAUAAUUGGUAUUUGUGAUCAUUGUCGUUUAAAAGAUUCAUGUAGUCCUUGUAAUGUGUGCAGUGAUAUUGUGGAAAAAUUCAGGAUUAGCACAACCCAAGAAGAGGAAAGGAAAUACAGAGUGAAAAUAUGGUUGAAUAAAGUCAAACAGUUAUUAAAAGACUCUUUAUUUGGUGAAAGAUUAAAACAUUUGAGUCAUUCUUAUUCCGAUUUCGAAAUUGACAGGAUAUAUAAGGGUUCAUCAAUAUUGACAAAAGAAAGACCCCUUGAAAUCGAAAAUUUAAAUACUUAUACACAUAAAUAUUUAUCUGCUGAAGAAAUAUCAACAGUGGAUAAAUUAUACCGUAUCCCUCAACAUGAGAAUACUGUAAAAUUUAAAACUGAGAAGUCAUAUAAAAAAGAAAUAACGUUUCUAGAGAGUAGUUCUGAUUAUAUAUAUAACACCGAUUUUAGUAGCGACGAAGACCUGCUAUUACAAAAUGUUUCGCUUUCGACUGUUGAUAGUCCGUCCGAUUCAGUUAAAUUAUGUAGAAUGAAAGACGACACCAACAACGUACUAGAAAUAAAUGGGACAGACUAUACGGAAAUAAUUCCUUCGUAUAGUGCAAACAAACAAAGAACUAUGAAAAAUAACGAAUUCGAAUUACAUAGCACUACUAUUCCAUUACAGCAGACUUUAAAAUCUGGUAACAAAAUUCCAUUACAACACAACCUAAAAAAUGAUAUCAAGGAUAUUACACUACAAAAUCGUAGAAUUUCAGAUAAAAUAGGAAAUUCGUCAAUGAAAUUCCAAGAUUAUUAUAUUAAAAGAGACAAGAUAAAACCAACAACGAAAUAUCCUACAUCAAUCAGGCAAUAUCUCUCACAAGAUACUUUAUUAACCUCUAUGACAGAUGUAUCAGACAUACUGAAAGAAGAUUUUGAUUUUAUUUUUCCAAACGUUGUUGAAAGAAAUAUAAAAAGCCGAAGGCGACCAGUGAAUUCUUCAGAGUUGAUUAAAGAGAUUAAAGAUAAGUUAGACAGUAAGAUAAAGAAGGAAGAACUAAAAAGGAUUGCAAGAAUUCGCAAAAGAAAGGACGAAAACCAGAGAAAGAAAAUUAUCAAUAAUGAAGAACAGAAACAAAUUAAAGAGGAAUUGGUAAAUAUAAACUUUAAAUACGUAAAAUCUAAAUCGUCAAAUGAAUUAACUAAACUGUCUAUAGAAGAAAGUGCGUAUGAAAAAUCUAUAUCAAAGAAAAUAGCGAAUAAUAUUAAAACUAUCGUGUCAGAUAAGGAUUAUAUACCUGAAAUCACCUUUUGUAAACAAACUGUCAAAGGUAGAAAACAGGAUUUUCCUGAAAUAGGUAAAGAUUUAAAAGCUAGAGCUCUCUCAAGAAAUAUAAACGAGCCUAAGAAAGACAAAUUAAUAAAUAAAAUUGUUGACGAUUUAGAAAGGUUUGGAGAUAAACAUCAGAAUUACGGAAAAGUAGUAAAUAAUAAAUUAAGGAAAGAACCACAAGAAAAAGUUAAAACUGCAAAUAAGGAAUUACAUAGAGAACAAAAAAACAAUAAACAGAAAGAAGUAACAGAUGACUCAAUUCAAAAACAAAAUAAUAAAAAUGCUAAAAGGAGCGAAGUUACAGACAAUGCAGUUGUUUUACAGAAAAAAAAUACAGUAAUUAAAGAAAAAGAACUAAAUAAUCCACGGAAUUCACUGAAAAAGCUUACAGAAGUAGCAGGCGACUCAAUUAAAAAACAUAAUGUUAAAAAAAGUGAAAUAAAGAACAAUAAAAUAGUUUUACCAAAAAAAGAUAUAGUGAUUAACGAAACAGAACUGAAUAAUCCGCCGAAUUCAUUGAAAAAUUAUAAUGAAGUAAUAGAUGAUUCAAUUAAAAUAGAAAAGAUUGAAAAUCUUAAAAGAAAUAAAGAUAAUGAGAAUGCAGUUAUUUUACAUAAAAAAGAUACAGUGAUCAAAGAAAAAGAGCUAAAUAAUGGUCAGGAUUCACAAAAAAUGCAUAAAGAAGUAAUAGAUGAUUCAAAUCAACCAAACACAAAAACUGAGUAUAUUGAAGAAAAAGGCUAUCCAAUUGUUUCCCAGCAAAAUAAACGAAUAAUUAAAGAAAAACUACAAUUAAAAAAUAUUCCUGAUAGUAAAAUAGAAGAAAAAUAUGAAGAUGAUCCAAUAAAAGUUAACAAGAAAAUUGAUAAACCAGCAACUAAGGAAUUGGCUAUAGAUAAAAUAAAGUGUAAGAGAAUAUCAUCUGACAACCUAAUAUUAGAUUUGGUGAAGCUAAAACAAUCUGUCAAAAGAGAUGAAGUACUAAAACCUAUAUCCAAAUAUCAUAUUUCACAACUACACAUUAAACGCGGGCAAAAUGAUGCUCAGGAGAAACAGAGCAUAUAUAGCUCAGACACAGACUUCGAUGUUGAAAGUAUUUUAAAUAAAGAAAAAGAAGAAAUAAUGAACAUUAUAGUAGGCCAAAAAAUUAUUCAGUACAAUCCACAAAUUAUUGAUAAACCUAAAGAGGGUAAUAUAGCUCCAAUUUUAUUUAAAUCUACAUUGGAGGAGGAACCUAUUUUAGAACAAACACUGCACAAAAUAGAAAGCACAGAUGAAACUGAGUCGAAUAUUUUAAUGAGAGGAACGGACCAAGAGGCGCCUAAAGGCGUUAUUAGGUAUGCUUUGUCAGAUCGCACUUUUAUCGACAAAGGAUGGACAAUGCUACCAACUGAGAAAGUAGUACGCAAAAUGAACGUGUACCGUAUGAGGCCCGCGCAUCCGGAGUUUGAUUGGUUUGAGCAUAAUAAGAACAAACGGCUAAUACAGUACGAUACUGGUGAAAGGUUGGCAGAGUUCGACGAUAACGGACGCGGGCGGUGGUACUACAGGAAUGGCAGAUUAGCAUUAGAUUAUUACGAUGCCGAAGAAAUAAAUGCGCAACAACGUUAUGUGGUGUACAGUAGCGGAGAGCCAGACGAACGUGGUCGUUGUCAUCCUAUAACAAUUUUAGCAACAUUUGACUAUCUUGGAAAUGGUAUAGUAUUCGACCACGCGGGAAAAAUACGUCUUAAAUAUAACCAAACUGAAGGCGUGGUGCUAGACCGAAAUAUAGGCCCAGUGACUCACUGGAAAUGGCACACUUUAAACGAUCCACCAGUUUUACAACAAGUUAUGAUAGAUACUCAAAUGGCUCAUAAAGAUACUGGAAUAUUGAAACUCGCCGGACCCGCGGACGAUAAAAGACGUCCAGAUAACGAAGAGAUGCUAGCUAUUGAGUUUGAUAAUUUUAUUAAAGAAAAAAGCAAGAAAUUAUCUCAAAAAUUUAAACCCUUCCAAAUAAAAAUGAAAGCCUUAAAGAUCAAUGAACACUUUUCACUCAGAGUACUGGAUCAAGCUACUGUCUAUUUACUGUAUAGAGACGGCUCCACGAACCUAAAAAUAAAUAUCGGGAUGGUUUUAGAUCAUCAAGAAAUUGUAGACACAGAUACAGCUGAAGUUGGAGAAGUAUCAAAUAAUUUAGAGCGUCUACCAGCUCGCACAGACAGUCUAGCGGGUCUUCAAAAGAGUGUGGCGUAUGCACAACGUGUCGAACGAUCUCAUAUAGAACGAGAUCGACGUCUUAGAGCGGCAGAGCCUUGUGCUAGCGCUGAUCAGCUUACCGCUGCAAUGUCCCGACCACUACGACCAACUUUUCGAACGGCAUCAUCGGAUUCGAGAUCCAUUGGUGAAUGUCUUUAUAAACGUAGAAAACCUUCAUGUACUGGUCUUUACUAUGAUACGCGUAUUAUCUAAUUAUUUUGUAACAAUAUUAUAUUAAUAAAUAUUUUAGUUUUUAACC